CGUCCUGGAGUAUGCUGGGGGUGGGGGAUGUCUCUGAAACUGCUGCCCUUGCUUCCUUCUGUGCAGAAGGUGGCAGAUCCUUGGAGGAGAGGGAGACUGCAUUAGAACCUUCCUGUAGAUGAUGAGGAACCCCCAAACCAGAGGUCUCCCCUCUGCCUGAGCCCCUCUCCUUGUCUCCAUCCUCUAGCUGCCAGGGUGUGCACUCCCUUUGCUGCCACCCAGGUUGCCAUAGUGAGCUGGCUGCCAACUGGGUCUUGGCUAGAAACCCAGGAGGCCUGCCCCCAGUGGCCCUGCCUGAACCUCACCAUGGCAGCCUGGCGGGAGGCAGGUAAGAGCAGGCGCCCUGCCUUGGGUGCCCAGGCUGUGGGCUCCCCCGGGCUCUGACUGGAUUUCCCCAUGCCCACGGUAGGCUCCAGAGUGCAGAUGAGGCUGCCACCUUCCCAGCAGCUGUGGGUGUGGCUUCUUCCCCUCUCCCUUGUGCCUGAGCCUCUGUAUUGGUUCCUUCCCCAGAGAUUGGGGCUCAGAAGCUGCACGGCUUGAGGCUGCCCCUCGGCGUGGAGUGGCUAUCCCCAGGGGCGGGGCGAAGACAAGGGCAGAGCACAAGGCUUCGGAUGUGUGUGUCCGCCUGUCCUGUCUGGUUGUUCCUAGUUUGUCCCUGGGUGCUUGUCUCUGGUCAGCCUGUGUGUGCAGCCUCUGACCAGCCCAGGUCUGCCUGUGACCAUGGACAUCUGCCUGGUCGGUGACCAUGUGUCUCGCUGCCUUACUCCCGAUCACGUGUGCAUCUCCACCUCUCUGGCUAGCCUGCGGCUUCUUCCGACGCAGCAUCCAGAAGAACAUGGUGUACACGUGUCACCGGGACAAGAACUGCAUUAUCAACAAGGUGACCCGGAACCGCUGCCAGUACUGCCGGCUGCAGAAGUGCUUUGAAGUGGGCAUGUCCAAGGAGUCUGUGAGGAACGACAGAAACAAGAAGAAGAAGGAGGCGCCCAAGCCUGAGUGCUCGGAGAGCUACACGCUGACGCCCGAGGUUGGGGAGCUCAUCGAGAAGGUGCGCAAAGCGCACCAGGAGACCUUCCCCGCCCUCUGCCAGCUGGGCAAAUACACUACGAACAACAGCUCAGAGCAACGUGUCUCUCUGGACAUUGACCUCUGGGACAAGUUCAGUGAACUCUCUACCAAGUGCAUCAUUAAGACUGUGGAGUUCGCCAAGCAACUGCCCGGCUUUACCACCCUCACCAUUGCCGACCAGAUCACCCUCCUCAAGGCUGCCUGCCUGGACAUCCUGAUCCUGCGGAUCUGCACGCGGUACACGCCCGAGCAGGACACAAUGACCUUCUCAGAUGGGCUGACCCUGAACCGGACCCAGAUGCACAAUGCCGGCUUCGGCCCCCUCACGGAUCUGGUCUUCGCAUUUGCCAACCAGCUGCUGCCCCUGGAGAUGGAUGAUGCUGAGACUGGUCUUCUCAGUGCCAUCUGUCUUAUCUGUGGAGACCGGCAGGACCUGGAGCAGCCAGACAGGGUGGACAUGCUUCAGGAGCCGCUGCUGGAGGCGCUGAAGGUCUAUGUGCGGAAACGGAGGCCCAGCCGCCCCCACAUGUUCCCCAAGAUGCUGAUGAAGAUCACGGACCUGCGAAGCAUCAGUGCUAAGGGGGCUGAGCGGGUGAUCACGCUGAAGAUGGAGAUCCCGGGCUCCAUGCCACCUCUCAUCCAGGAAAUGCUAGAGAACUCCGAGGGCCUGGACACUCUGAGCGGACAGCCAGGGGGCGGGGGGCGGGAUGGGGGCGGCCUGGCCCCCGCCCCCGGCAGCUGUAGCCCCAGCCUCAGCCCCAGCUCAAACAGAAGCAGCCCGGCCGCCCACUCCCCGUGACCGCCCGUGCCCCGUGGACACAGCCCUCACCCCACGCCCUGGCUUUUCUCUGCCUUUCUACCAACCAUGCGACCCCCACCAGCCCUGCCCCCCACCUGUCCUCCCUUUCCUGGGGGACAGGAGGGAGGAGGCGGCGACUCUUCAGAUGGAGGCCCAGGUGCAGAUGGACUGCCUGCUCCUGCAGCCUGGGCUGAUGUCAGGGGCAAGGUCAUGAACUGAGUGAGGACCCCUGGUCCUGGGCCUCAGGAUGGAGCCUGGGGGCCUGGUGUUCAUCAAGACAGCCCUCUGCCCCCCUUGCCACAUCUUCAUCACCAGCAAACGCCAGGACCUGGCUCCCCCAUACUCAGAACCCGCAAGCCAUUGCCCCCCGGUCGGGAACCCCCCCCUGCCUAGGUUGGUGACAGAGGGGGUGGGCCAGGGGUGGGGGGUUCCCCCUGUACAUACCCUGCCAUACCAACCCCCAGGUAUUAAUUCUCGCUGGUUUUGUUUUUAUUUUAAUUUUUUUUUGGUUUUGAUUUUUUUAAUAAGAAUUUUCAUUUUAAGCACA